AUGUAUAAUAUAUUUUCUAUACAUCUAUUUUUAACCAAAUUAAUUAAUGGGCUUAUUGAACUUAUUUCUUACAGGGUUAUCUCUGGGAUCAGAUGGAUUAACGCUAAUGUUUCUUAAAGAUAUGAUACAACCUCUCAUAAAUAAUGGAUGUUCAAAUUUUGCCUCCCUCUUAUUUUAUUGAUCUCAAUACUUAUUCCUUGUUACUUUUUCUUUGGGCUUUAUUCAAAUAAAAAUAGUUUAGAAAGAAGAAGGGUAAGAUUAAAUUGGGGUUAUCUUUAUAAUGAAUAUAAAGUUUAAGUUUAUUUUUGGGAAUUGAUUAAAAUUAUAUAAAAAGAAUGA